ACAGUCCCCACGAGGAGAAGCUGAGGAUGGAGUGCCGCGGUGGGUGGGGGCUGAGGCAGCUGGGUCCUGCACGGACUUGCCGCACUGUUGAACGAUAUAACCAAUUCAAUCUGCUCUCGCCCCAGAUCGAGGAGGGUCUCGUGCAGAAACAAUGGAUGGGUUACCAUCAUGCGCGCUGGCUUGCCUGUCGCAAGCCGUGUCUUCGUCGAGCUGUUCAAUCCUCGACCUCGACUGCAUAUGCCAUGAUGCGCCGCUCAUAGCAGAUGUCGAAGCCUGCGGGCUGCAGACCUGCACUACAAAAGAUAACCUGAGAUCCAUGAAUUUCCUGUACACCAGCUGCGACUACCCCGUCACAGUCGACAACAACGUCUACCCAGGUAUCCUUAUUGGGGGUAUUGUCCUCUCCAGCCUUGCCGUCAUACUCAGAAUCGCUGGCCGACUGAUUGGGUCCACGCUUGGUCUUGACGACGCAGUUACUGCACUAUCGCUGGUGAGUACAGCGCCGGCAGCCAGGCCAGCACAGCUAACAGCGCAGGCGAAUGCGAUUGCCAUCACAGUCAUCGGGUUUCUCCUGAAACACGUUGGAUUAGGCCACGACAUCUGGUUCCUCCCCUUUGAUCAUAUCACCCAAAUCCUCCACCUCUUCUUCGCGGUGGAAGUCCUCUACGUCCUGAGCAUAGCGCUUACCAAAAUAUCUAUGCUGCUCCUCUUUCUUCGACUGUUCCCGCAUGAAGGAUUCCGUCUCGCUACCAAGCUCGUCCUCGCAUUCACCACUGCCUGGGGCGUCGCGAUACUCCUCACAAAGGUCUUGUCCUGCCGGCCUCUCAGCUAUUUCUGGACUAGGUGGGACGGGGAGCACGAGGGGACGUGUUUAAGUCAUGAGAACAUCAUCUGGGCGCACGCGAGUAUUAAUAUCUUUCUGGAUCUGGUGAUUAUCGGUCUACCCAUGCCGACGCUGCUGCGGAUGAAUCUCUCGUGGAGGAAGAAGCUCGCCAUCUGCUCUAUGUUUGCGGUGGGGAUCGUUGUAACGGUCAUCUCUAUUUUACGUCUGGUCUCGUCCAUAAAUUUAAACAUAGAGGAAAAUCCCACCAAAACCCUCGUUGAAAUAGGCAUCUGGUCCCUCGUCGAAGUGUAUCUCUCGCUCAUCUGCGCCUGCAUGCCAGGAAUCCGCGCCUUCUUCAACUACACCUACACUCGUCUGAACAGCAAGUCAUCGCAGUAUACCCACGACUCAUCCUCCGGCGAGGGAGGGAGAUGUCGCGGAAGCAACGCCUUCUCGUCGCCGGCGACGCAGUCGCGUACCUUCCAAAGCGCGAACCGUGAACAGGGCGAGUUUAUCCGUCUGCAGGAGAUUUCGGCGGAGAGUUUCAAGACGUGACUUGACUUGUUUGCUUUGGUGACCGCAGCCUACGUAGGCUGGAAAUUCUUUUUGCUGCUUAAGUAUGUUGAGCUGCCGUGAACCAUGGAUGGGACGUCUGGUUCUCGGAUGAGCGAUCAUACUAUCGACUCUCGUCGGGAGAUGGCCCCAUGGGGAAGUCCAUUCUGGUCGGAUAACAAGCUUUCACCGUCAG